AUGAGUUUUUAUACGGUAGUUGGAGCCUUCGUGGUUGUUGUUUUGUCGUCAGCGAUAUUUUGGGUUUUGGCCCCCAAGAAGAAUCAAACUGUAUGGAGGAGUACUGUGAUUUUGUCAUUGUCGAUGAUGUUUUUGAUGUGGGCUAUUACGUAUUUGUCGCAAUUGCAUCCUUUGGUAGAGCCUAGAAGAUCAGAUUUGAGACCUGAAUUUGCAGAGUGA